AUGAAUACACGAAAAUCAUUUUCUGCGAUGUCUCCCGAUACAGCACACUUCGUGGGUUAUAAACAACGGCACUGUACGGAUACAUUUUGUCUGAUUUUAUUCAUUAUUUUUAUUAUUAUUUAUGGGUUUAUAUCGGUAUUAGCAAUAAGUCAAGGUAAUCCAGCAAGUUUAAUUCAAGCGAGUGAUUCAUUUGGAAAUAUAUGUGGAAAAAAUGAAUUUAAAUCUAAACCUUAUCAGCUUUAUUAUGAUAUAAGUAAAUGUUUAACUGACGGUGGUCUGUCAUUAGUUUGUCCAACAACAAAAUUAUGUGUCAGUUCAUGUCCAAAACAGUAUUCACAUUAUCAAUCAUUACAAACAAUGGAAUUGGAAAAUAUUUUAUCGAAGAAUUCUACUCGUCAACAACUUGUAUGUACAUAUGGUUUUAAUCCAGCCAAUGACGAUCGAACAAUAAUUGAACUGGUGCAUGAUGGUCUUUGUGCUCCGUAUACAAUAGAAUCAGAACCGUUUCUUGGCCGAUGUUUACCAUCCGCCUUUAUAAAUUUAUUUGACGCUGAAACUCAACAAAUAUUCCAACAAAAUUUAUCUAUUGCACAAAUAAAUACGCAAAUGUUCGGUAUUGGUAGUAUAGCUGAUGUUGGCCGAGUAGUAUUGACUGAUCUUGGUCAAAUUAAAGAAAGUUUAGCAUUAUUCACCGUUGUAGCUUGUGUACUCACUUUACUCUAUAUGUUUGCUAUAAAAAAAUUAACUCGCAUUGUCGUCACUAUAACUAUUAUUUUAUUUCUUCUCAUAUUAUUUAUGUGUAGUUCAUUUUGUUGGUAUACAAUUUAUACUGGCCAAGAUUUUGUUUAUGAAUAUAGUACAGUUGCAAGAAUUGUCAAUGAUUUUAUUAAAUUACGAACAAUUUAUAUUGUACUUGGUUCGAUAGCAACAUUUAUCUUUUUUCUUACUCUAUUUGCUAUAUUAACAUUAUUCGAUCGUAUACGAUUAAGUAUAAUAUUAUUAGACCAAAGUGCAAAUGCUGUCUUGUCAGUUUUAAGUACAAUGCUAUGGUCACCAUUCAUAAUUCUAAUAUAUUUUCUCGUCAUAUCAACUGUUAUCUAUGUUGGAAUGUGUUUAUCGACAAUUGGCAAGCCAAUAUUUCUUUCGGUUGAUCAUAAUGAAACAAUACCGUGCAUACCGAAUCUCAAUUCAACGCGAUGCAUAUUUCAAGAAGACUAUGGUUAUGAUUCAUUAGUAUUAAAUGGAACAGAUCCGAUAACUUGCGGUGUCAUUCAAUUUUUUGUUGAUUACAAAUCUUAUCUUAUAUGGUUUAAUAUAUUUGCAUUUAUAUGGUUUGGUGCAUUUCUAUUUGCAUUUGAAGAAAUUGUUCUAGCUGGAGUUUUUUCAAAUUAUUAUUGGUCGCAAGAACGUUUAACAACAUCAUUUCCUCUACUAUAUUCUGCAUCUAUCAUUAUACGAUAUCAUUUAGGUUCGAUUGCAUUUGGUUCAUUGCUUAUUGCAACAUUAAGAUUUAUACGUAUGAUACUUGAGUAUAUCAGUGAAAAAUGCUCUUCUAUUCAACAAAAUAUAGUUAUUGAAUUUAUUCUAAAAUGUUUUUCCUGUUUUUUAUGGAUAUUUGAAAAAUUUCUAAAAUUUCUCAACAAGAAUUCUUACGUAUUAAUUGCAUCGCGUGGCUAUUCGUUUUGUAAAGCAACACGCAAAGCAUUUGUUUAUUUAAUUAACAAUUGUCUUCGAUCAAUUGUUCUUGUUCAUUUAACUGAAUGGAUUUUAUUCUGUGGUAUAAUUAGUGUGUGCAGUUGUAAUGCAUAUUUAUUUUAUCAAUAUCUUCAUUGGACAGACGAAUUCGGUCAGCUUAUACUUCGUUGGACACCCAUUAUUACUAUUAUAUUAAUUACUUAUCUUAUUGCAAGUCUUUUCUUUAGUGUUUAUGAUAUGGCAAUAAAAACAUUAUUCGUAUGUUUUCUUCAAGAUUUAGAUGAAAAUGAUGGCUCUAUUCAACAUCCAUAUGUGAUGAAUAAUGAACUUUUACGUUUAGUACAUAAAACAAACAUUGUUGAAAAAAAAUGA